AUGGCACACGAAGGAAUAAACCCACAAGUCAAUAGUGAUAAUUCGAAAGACUCCAUCCUUCUGCCACAGUGCCGGUGUGGCCCAGCUCCAGGAGACGAUUUCGGCCCCCAAUACUGGAAUGACCUUGUCGACUACGCACAGCUUGCACCUGACGAGCCACCACUCGGAGAUUUUCGAAAAUUACAAAUCAUAAACAUAACACAUCUCGUGAACCAACUCUCGCGCAUCAAAGCAUCCAUUGAAAACGAUGAAACGGUAACCGCGGAACGGAUGCGUUUGCUGCAGCAGACAUUGCACCAAUAUGCUGACGCAAUAAGAGACUACCAAGCAAUGAACUCCCUUCGCGAACUUCCAGAUUACGCAAAAGAUACACGAAUGGAUCUUGAAGGCCAAUUCCCUUACCUCGCAACUCCAUACCAAGGAAAAGCAAAUCGACCUUACGAUACGCGCUAUCGUACCACCAAACCUAAAAAGUCACAGCCUCAAGAUCCUAUUCGCGAAGUACUCCGGAAAAUCCUGCCGAAUCGCCUGACCUGGCCGGAGGAAGAGCGCAAAGCGAAGAGGUCCAAAUACGGUGCCGGAAAACCGCCGGAGAUGUAUUCGCGAUUCGUUGAUUCCGUUGCAAGAUUCAUUAUCGGCACGCUUGGUGGUUGUGCACUGAUCGUGCCUAUGGUCAUUAUGUCGUUAGAUUCGUCUCUGACAAAAUCUUUGAUUGUCACGUCCGUGUCCCUUGUGGUCUUUGCGCUGGUCGUGGGACUGGUGUUCGAGACGGAUAACAAGGAUACAAUUAUGGCUACAGCGACGUAUGCGGCGGUUUUAGUGGUAUUUGUAGGUAAUAGUGGUGGUGCAGGUGGUGUGGCGAGCCAAUCAUGA